CCGGUUCAACCGUUUCAACCGGUAACGCGAAUGUACCCUUGUCCUCACCCGAAGUGUUCCGAACGACCUUUUCGUUUACGGAGGUCGAGGACCGAGGAGUAACGAGUGCUCUGCCCAAGGACACAGAAAUGGCUGCACGUGUGCUCAGUGCGUUCUUGAGAACAAAAUCUCCAUACAAGCCAUUGAAAAGUUUCCACAGCUGUACUCUCUUGUUAAGUAAAGAUGCAGAAACAAAAAGCAUGGAGCAUGAAAAUGAAGAUAACAAAAGUAUCUUGGAUAAAUGGGAAGAUGUUUCACAUGUUCCGGAGAACAAUCAGUACUAUCGAAACAUGUUAGAGGAAUCAAACAUUAAAAAUACUGCUAAUCCAAAAUCAUACAGCAGUUACAAUGACACUAGUAGUUCAAGUAGUCAACCGAGAUCAUACAGCAGCCACGAUUACAAUGUGACAGGCAGUCCCAGAAGUCAACCGAGAUCAUACAGCAGCCAAGAUUACAAUGUGACAGACAGUUUCAGAAGUCAACCGAGAUCAUACAGCAGCCAAGAUUACAAUGACACUGGUAGUUCCAGUUAUCGACCGAGAAAUAGUAACAUUGGUGGUUUUGAUAGGGGAUCAAACACAACAGGUUUCGACUUCGAAGGGCCUGUCGAUUCUCCAGGCUUUGAUCCAAACAUCUUGAAGGAUGUGUAUGAGGAGCACUCAAACACUGCUACACGAACACAAGAAGAAAUAGAAAGAUUUUAUGCAGAUAACAAAAUUAAUAUGAUGGGAUCCAAAGAUAUCAAGCCUAUUUUGUCUUUUGAUGAAAUAACUGGCAUGGAGCAAUUACUGAGUCUGAUCAGACAAAAGGGGUGGAAAGAACCCUUUCCUAUCCAGUCGGUGACUUGGCCAGUAGCCUUGUCUGGCCGUGACAUGGUAGGAAUUGCAAAGACUGGUUCCGGAAAGACACUUGGAUUUGUUUUGCCUGCCAUUCUGCAUAUAAUGAAACAACGCAUAGGAAGGAACCCAAGUGAGAUUAGUCCCUCUGUGCUGGUGAUGUCUCCUACAAGGGAGUUAACACAACAAGUGGAAAGUGUUGUCAAAGAAAUUGCUCCAGAAUUCGGUAUCAGAAGUGGCUGUGCAUACGGAGGGGCCGCAGUUCGAAGACAGCUGAGUGACUUAAGAGGUGCAGAUAUUUGUAUUGCAACACCAGGAAGAUUGAAUGACUAUCUGACAAGAGGACAAAUGAACCUUAAUAGGUGUUCUUACGUGGUGCUUGAUGAGGCUGACAGAAUGCUGGACAUGGGAUUUGAGAUUCAAAUUAAACAGAUUCUACGACACGUAAAGCCUAACCGACAAAUGCUGAUGUGGAGUGCCACAUGGCCAAGAGAAAUUCAAGCUUUGGCCAAAUCAUACCUCACUGAUCCUGUACACAUACGUGUUGGAAGUAUGGAACUGAUGACCAACCCAGACAUAACAGAAGAGUUUAUUAAGACAGCUAAUCAUAGGAAAUUUGAAUCUUUAUGCAAACUACUGAUGAAUAUUGCUACCAACUACCCUGAUGGAUGUAAGACGUUGGUUUUUGUUCAAACAAAGAGAACAGCAAACGAACUCUCAUCUCAGCUUAUGGCGAAAGGAAUUCCUUCAUAUGCUCUGCACGGGGAUAAAAGUCAAGGUGAACGUGAUCAAAUUAUGGACUUGUUCAGGAAAAAGAAGAAAAUAUUGCUGAUUGCCACGGACAUUGCAUCUAGAGGCCUAGAUGUUGUAGACAUUUCGAAUGUCAUUAACUAUGACAUGUCAAGUAGUGGGGAAAGCUAUGUUCACCGAGUAGGAAGGACUGCCAGAGGUGGCAGAAAAGGCAAAUCCUUCUCCUUCAUAACAGAUAAAGAUUAUAGUGUUCUGCAAGACCUGCAAAAAAUGUAUAAAAGACAAAACAAACCUGUUCCAGACCAAAUAUUGGAUAUAUUAGGCAUGUCUACAUCAUACAGUGGAAAUAGGUUUGGCCAGUCAAGGCAAUUUGGAUCAACUCCAAAGUUCAUUGACCCAAAGUGGAGGGAAUAGACUGGUAUGGCCGCUGUCACUUCACCACGGAAGGAGAAGAAGAACGGAACUUGCACUAUGAUGCUGGUCAUAACAGUCUUGUUAUCACAAGAGCUAAUUAGAUCUUUUUGAAAGGAUGAUCACAGCCUUUGACUUACAGUUGACAUGAUGUAACUUUUGUAUAUAGCAAAUGUUCUUUUUGUGAAAAGUAGUUUCCAUUGCUGUGUUACUGAUUCUGUAGGUAGAGCUGCCAAGUUGUUCAGAUAACAGUCAUACUACAGGGACAUUGCAUGUUGACAAUAUCUUGGGGCAAUUCUGUGAUCUCAUUUUUGAUUCCAAGAAAUGACUGAAUAGAUUUUAAAGCAAUGUGACUCGAUAUCAUUCUUUUAAGAUUUCUCUCAUAUGGUGUAUAACUUCUUUUUUGGGAUGAUAAUCAUAUGCAAGAGAACUUUUAAUGUGUUAAAAGAACACUAAACUUGAGCACAAUUUUCUUGUAAUGCAGAUGUUGCUCAUGAUGCCUCAGUUUGUUCUAAAAAAAAAAAGAUUGUAUUCCACAAUAUCUGAGAAAAAUACACAGCGGAAGUUUCAUAUGAAACAAUAUCCCACGAGUCCAGAGACAUUUUUUGUACUUAAAUUUCAAUAUCAUUCAAUCUUCAUGGUUAUUGUGAAGGGGAAAUUAUAGCAAUGUGGAAAUGCUGGAUUUUUUGGUUUGAGUAAAUGAUUAAUAUAGAUUUACAGAUAUAUGAAAUAUAUAGCAUUAAAGUUCAGAACCAUUGCCAUUGUGAAAAUUUCCACAUUCACAGUAAUUAGAAUGUGUAGCAAAGUUACAGUAAUACAAUCCCAUUAUCACAGUUUAUUGUAUUGCAUUAUUGAAAAAUGUAUAAUAAUGUUUGUUCUUGUGACAGAAUUUAGGACUUUUUACUGUUCCUAUUAAUAUUAAAUGUGGUUAUUAUUCCAAGUAUAAAAAGUGUUUUUCAUUUUCAUUACGUUUCAUUUUGACCAAAUGUAGACAGUUUGGAUAUAGGACUUCAGAAGUCUCCUACUAGACAUUGACUGGGCCUUUUAUUUAGUGUUUGUAGGUCUUGAUUAUUUUUAUAGGAGCAGGGCCAGGCAUAUAUCCACACAUUACAUUUAACCUUUGAGUUUUAUGUCUACUAUUCAGCAAUAUGUAUUGAUAAGUUUCAAUGCUAUAUUUAUUUUCCUUUUGCACUAAAAGCCUUUAUGUAUUUUAUGUAAAUGGCUCAUUAAGUUAUUGUACAUGUACAAUAAAUUACGGUAAAUAAUGAAUGGUCAUUUUUGUAUAAUCAACUUGAUCUAAUAGACAUUCCCAAUUUCAGGUAGGUUGAUUAGCUAGGUACUUAGGCUUGGAUUACAGAUAAAUUGGGGGUCAUCUCAAACUUUGAUUACAGAUAAAUUGGUGGUCAUCUCAAACACUUUUUCACUGUAUAAGAUAUUUUUUCUCUUAAAUCAAACAUUUGACAAUUUUGAGUUACGGUAGUAAACCCCCAAUAUAUCUCUAGUCGGUGGAUGAAGGUACUCCCUAAAGUUUGGGAAUAAUAGUACAUUAUUUUGAAAGGUCAUUCCUUAGUCAUCAUAUAGGACUGAUAAUGAAAUAUUAGUCUUGUACCGUAUAAUAUAAGAACAAAUCAUCACUGGCGAUUUCUGUAACAUUAUUUAAGACUAGUAAGAGUUAGACCAUAGUUCUACCUUCAACUUAAACUGAUGAUCAUGAAGAGUGGACAUUUGGGUACACUAACAUUAAUACAUUUGCAUAACAUUUUUCAUCAUUUUUUUGUUGUCGAUUUUUAUGUGAUGUUCGGAACAACAUUUUUAAUAUUAUGUAAAUAUUUCAUGUGAUGGCUGGUUGUAGAUCCUGGCAAUAUAAUAGACUUGAAUCAUCUAUAAAUUGGAGCUGUUUCUAUUCAGCUGGCUUGGUAUCUGCCAUUGUACAACUUGUAAUGAUUUGAAUUGACAAUAUAAUAAAGAGUGAUAAUUCAUUGAA